CCACCCACGGACCAGAACCAAACGGCAAUGGACAUAGUGGAUGAAGAUAUCGAUCCCUUGGACGCUUACAUGUCGGCAGUCACAGAUGAAGUUAGUAAAGUGAAUGCAAGUGACCAGCAGAGAAUGGCUCAGCUCAAUCAAGGCCGUAAGGUAUUUGAAGAGGACGAAGAGGAGGAGGAGGAAGAACCUGUUGUUGCAAGUGAUGAUGAGAUCGAGAAGACGAACCUAAGACCAGAGGACAUUCUAGCGCUCGCUGCCAAAAAGCUGAAGAAGAAAGAUUUGGCGCCCGUAGAUCAUUCCAAGAUUGAUUACGAAAGUUUUCGUAAAGCAUUUUAUCAUCCGCCUGCCGAAGUUGAAGAUAUGUCAGAGGAAGAAGCUGAAAAUAUCCGAAUCGCGAUGGAUGGAAUCAAAAUUCGAGGCCAAGACUGUCCUAAACCGGUGAUGAAAUGGAGUUGGUUUGGACUGCAUUCUGCAUGUCUUGAAGUGAUCAAGUCGCUUGGCUAUCAAGCUCCCUCGCCUAUUCAAGGACAAGCUGUUCCUGCAAUCAUGUCGGGUCGCGACGUGAUUGGAGUAGCUAAGACAGGCUCAGGUAAAACCCUCGCUUUUUUACUGCCGAUGUUCCGACACAUCAAAGAUCAAAGACCAUUGGAAGCCUUAGAAGGCCCAAUAGCUAUGAUUAUGACUCCUACUCGAGAGUUGGCUACUCAGAUAUACAAAGAAGGUAGACCAUUUUUGAAGGCAUUGGGCUUGAGAGCGGCGUGCGCCUAUGGUGGUUCUCCCCUAAAGGACAACAUCGCCGAUAUGAAACGUGGUGCCGAAGUGAUCGUAUGUACGCCAGGUCGCAUGAUCGAACUUCUCACUACCAACUCAGGACGAGUCAUCAACAUGCGUAGAGUGACCUAUCUGGUGUUGGACGAAGCAGAUAGAAUGUUCGACAUGGGUUUCGAGCCACAAGUCAUGAAGAUCGUCAACCAAAUCCGGCCCGAUAGACAAACUGUCCUUUUCUCUGCCACGUUUCCAAAACAAAUGGAGGCAUUGGCUCGAAAGAUUCUUCGACGGCCACUCGAAAUCACUGUCGGCGGGCGAUCAGUAGUAGCUUCUGAAAUCGAGCAAAUUGUCGAAGUGAGAGACGAUUCGACCAAAUUCAAUCGAUUGCUUGAAAUCCUUGGUCGUUUCUAUAAUGAAGAUUCAGAGUCGCGUUCGUUGGUGUUUGUGGACCGCCAAGAAUCAGCCGAUAACUUGUUCCGAGAUCUAUUGAAAAAAGGUUAUCCCUGUCUCUCGUUACACGGAGGAAAAGAACAGGUAGAUCGAGAUCAAGUGAUUGCGGAUUUUAAAGCUGGUGUGACACCCAUUGUGAUUGCUACCUCGGUGGCCGCUCGUGGUUUAGAUGUGAAACAAUUGAAGUUGGUCAUCAAUUAUGAUGCACCUAAUCAUAUGGAAGAUUAUGUACAUCGGGCUGGCAGAACAGGUAGGGCAGGCAAUAAAGGUACUUGCAUCACUUUCAUAUCGCCCGAUCAAGAGAGAUAUGCCAUUGAUUUACUGCGGGCACUGGUCGCUAGUGGUGCCAAAUACCCCGAGGAACUCAAGACUAUGUCCGAUGCAUUCCUGGAAAAAGUCAAGACAGGUAAAGCGCAGGCUUCAGGCUCAGGCUUUGGCGGUAAAGGCCUAGAUAGGUUAGAAAAGGAUCGAGAUGCCAAAUCGCGUGCUGAGCGAUCAGCAUAUGGUGAACCAGGAGGCGAAGAUAUCGUCAAAGAGGAAGGACAAACAAAUAUCGGAACGACUGGAGCGACUGGAUCGACUGGUGUGACAGGCAGCGCUGUUGAGAUUCCGGAAUUGAAUGUUGAAGUCAAACGAGGUCCGGCUCCGGAUUCUAGUCGUCGAUCACAAGCUGCAGCUAAACCUGCACCUGCACCACCAGUUGAUGUUGCAGCAACACCUGCGCUUACGGCGGCUUUGAAAGCGGCACAAGCUGCCGCACAAGCUAAAGGAUUGGACGCUAGCGGAAUCUCAAGAGCUCAGAAUGUGGUAGCCGACUUGAAUGCUAAACUGAAGAGCAUGAUCGCUGCCAAGAAUGCUCAAGCACAGGCUGGGAAUCAUGAGAACACGCGAUCCAAAGAUCCUGACGCCACAGACUUUCACGCGAUUGUACCGAUUAAUGAUUAUCCACAGAAAGCGAGAUGGAAAGUCACAAAUAAAGAGACUAUGGUACAAUUGGUUGAUAGUACUGGUGCUUCGGUGACGAACAAAGGUGUGUUUUAUGAUAAGGGUAAAGAACCGGGUCCUGAUGAGCCACCCAAGUUACAUCUUUUGGUUGAGUCGAAUGAGGAAUGGAGGGUUCAACGUGCUAUCACCGAGAUCAAACAUAUUCUUAUUGAGGCGACCACUCAAGCGCUUGAAGCUGAAUCAAGAAACCCAGGUCAGGCUGCUGGACGAUAUAAUGUGUUG